UAUUUUUCUACAAACAUAAAAAGACAUAUUGCGAUCAUUCUUCAUAUGAAAAUUAAGAUAUACAUAUUUGUGUAAGAUAAUAACAAAUAUUAAAUAUUAAAUCAUAGAAUCGAUUACAAACAAAUGUCUGAUGGAUAUGGGAUGUUGGUUUAUUUUAACAAAUAAGAAAAAGUUUAAAAUGACAAUUUAGAUUUUCAUAAGAUAAAUUUUGAAUGCAGAUAUAGACAUAAAAUAAAAUUUCCAUAAGACUAAUCUGAAAAGGGAGUCAAUAAAAUAAUUCAUAUUUCUAUAUUAUUGAUCUAAUUAUUAUCUCAAUUAAUAAUUCUUAUAGAAUAUACAUGAAGCAAGACACAAAGAGAAAUGAUUAUGUAAUAUAUCAAAUAAACGAAAUUUUGUAAAGUUUUUACUAUUCAUUUAGGGAAUAUAAAUCAUAACCUGUCACAUUCUUGAAAAAUAUCUACAAUAAGAUAAAUACAAAUUCCAAAAAAAAAAAAUUUAUUUUAUCUCUAUGAAAUACACGUCAUUACAACCUAUAUAUUGACCAACAGUUAGUCAAAAUUCUUGCAGUUUGCAUAUAUACUGCAUUGUUUCGUCAAUCAGAAAAUAUCUAUAAUAUCCUAGAAAAAUGACAAAGUGGUUGUUGCUGGUGGUGUGUCUUGGUAUAGCUUGUCAAGAUGUGACAAGCGCAGCUGUGAACCAUCAAAGAAAAUCUUCAAAAAAUUUGGCACAUUCGAUGAAGGUGAUCUACGAAUGGAAACAUAUUGAUUAUGAUUUCGGUAGCGUUGAAAGAAGAGAUGCUGCGAUUAAAUCUGGCGAAUUUGAUCACACAAAAAAUUACCCUUUCGAUGUGGAUAGAUGGCGUGAUAAGACAUUUGUCACCGUAGAAAGGUUCGAUGGUGUACCUUCUUCUUUGAACGUGGUAACUAAUAAAAAAGGCAAAGGUGGUCCUCUUCUACAUCCAUAUCCUGAUUGGUCGUGGGCGAACUAUAAAGAUUGCUCUGGAAUUGUGAGCGCUUUCAAAAUUGCGGUCGACAAAUUCGACAGAUUAUGGGUUCUGGACUCAGGUCUUGUCAAUAAUAAUCAACCCAUGUGCUCUCCAAAAUUGGUAACCUUCGAUUUGAAUACCUCAAAAUUGCUUAAGCAAGUCGAGAUACCACAUAAUAUUGCCGUAAAUGCCACCACAGGAAUGGGAGAAUUAGUAUCACUAGCUGUUCAAGCUGUAGAUCCUACGAAUACUAUGGUGUACAUAGCAGACGAAAGAGGUGAAGCUUUAAUCAUCUAUCAAAAUUCCGACGAUUCCUUCCAUCGAUUGACUUCCAAUACUUUCGAUUACGAUCCCAGAUAUACCAAACUGACAGUCGCUGGAGAAAGUUUCACAGUGAAAAAUGGAAUUUGUGGAAUUGCACUUAGUCCCGUGACGAACAAUCUUUAUUACAGUCCUCUCGCUUCUCACAGUUUGUAUUAUGUUAACACAGAACAAUUCAGGAAUCCACAAUAUGAAGAAAAUAACGUCCAAUAUGAAGGAUCCCAAGAUAUUUUGAACACUCAAUCAUUCGCUAAAGCAGUAUCGAAAAAUGGCGUCGUUUUCUUGGGACUCGUGAGUAAUUCAGCUGUUGGCUGCGUGAAUGAACAUCAAGUACUUCAGAAAGAAAAUUUUGAUGUUGUCGCUCAGAAUGAAGAGACACUUCAAAUGAUCGUUAGUAUGAAAAUCAUGCAAGAUCUUCCACAAUCCGGCAGAAUUAAUGAUCCAGGAAAUGAAUAUAUGUUGGCUUUAAGUAACAAAAUGCAAAAAAUAAUAAACAAUGAUUUUAAUUUCAACGAUGUAAAUUUCCGAAUUUUGGGUGCGAAUGUAAAUGAUUUAACAAGAAACACUCGUUGCGCAAAAUCUAAUAAUCAGAAUGCUAACAAUCAGAAUGCUAAUAAUCAAAAUGCUAACAAUCAGAAUGCUAAUAAUCAAAAUGCUAACAAUCAGAAUGAUAACAACCAGAAUGAUAAUGGUAACAACAGGAGAAAUGGUAACAACCAAAAUGGUAACAGACAAAAUGAUAAUAAACAGAAUGAUAACAAGCAGAAUGCUAACAAGCAGAAUGCUAACAAGCAAAAUGCUAACAAGCAAAAUGAUAACAAGCAAAAUGAUAACAGACAAAAUGAUAAUAGGCAGAAUGAUAACAAGAAAAAUGAUAAUAGGCAGAAUGAUAACAAGCAAAAUGGUAACAGACAAAAUGAUAAUAGACAGAGUGAUAACCAGCGGAAUGGUAACAGGCAAAAUGAUAAUAGACAGAAUGAUAACAAGCGGAAUGGUAACAGGCAAAAUGAUAAUAGACAGAAUGAUAACAAGCGGAAUGGUAACAGGCAAAAUGAUAACAAGCAAAAUGAUAACAGGCAAAAUGAUAACAAUCAGAAUAAUAAUCAGAAUGAUAAUAAUCGAAAUAAUCAAGCUCAUCAUUCUUAAAAAUCACAUUAAAUCAAUUAAUUAUCAAUUAAAAUCAAUUAAUUAGGAUGUAAACCAAAUUAUUUUUUAAAAUAUUUUUUCGAUGUAAACAAAAUUUUUUAAAAUCUUUCAUUAUAUUAUAAAUAAAUAAAAUAAAUAUCGUUUUCGCAUAA